AUGCCUUCCGAUCGCUAUUCAUUGAUUGCCAAGAAAGCGUGCACACGAUGCAGCACCCAGAAAAGGCGAUGCGACAGGGCGCUUCCAGACUGUGGACUCUGCAAACGGCUCCGUCGUCAAUGCAAGUACGAAAUAUCCCAGGUAGGAUCUCCGGGUCUAACUCCCUCGCCGUCCCCCAAGCCUACAGUAUCUUUUCGCUCGGGCCUAUUCGCGCUUGACCACCUCAAGGAGGCUAUUAUCCAGGAGCUUGCUACCAUCACCCCUGAGGAUGUAUUUCUGUCUUACUGCCAGGCCAUCGAGCCGUGGUUUCCCGUUGUUUCGGUCUCUAGGUUACGGAGCCGACUCCCGCCAACGUGGGACGAGGCUCCUCUGGACUUUGCAUUACUCUGCUUGUGCAUUCUUCUUAUCACAGCUACCCCACCUUCGUCUCCAGAAGAUAGCAAUAACAAUUCCGAGUUCAAGUCCAUGUAUCUCUAUAUUAAGAGUAAUUUGGCCUCAAUCGAAGGACUCGGUGUCAAUUCGUUUCUGACCGUCCAGUCAAGGAUUUUGGUAACUCUCUUCGAGGUUGGGCACGGCUUCUACCCAGCAGCCUACAUCUCAAUUGGAGCCAUCAUCAGAGCCGCAGAUGCACUCGAGAUUCGCCCAUGGGUAGAUGCAUCACCAUCUGCCUCUCAAAACGAGGAAGAACAGCGAGAGGAGACAACGUUGAUUUGGUGUGGGAUUCUAAUCCUGGACCGAUACAUCGCCAUCGAAUCCGGGCCGCAACCUCCUAUCACUAGUUCACGAUCCCUUUCCAUUCAGGAGUUCCUCAAGCCCGCCCUCUGUCCGACUCAUGACCCAAACCAAAACCGCACAAGCUCUAUUUGCCGCCUUUCACGCCUCGUCGAAGCCUCAUCCCUUCUUGAAAAGAUCCACGCCACCCUCAACAGCUCCCCCCUAGAGCACGAAUUGAACGUCGAAGAGCUGAUCUUGACUGUCCAGACGCUAGUCAUUCUCCAGGGGAUUCUAAACCUGGAAGUCGGAGAGGGAAUCUACCUCUAUGCCGGAGGCUUGAACCUAUGUAACAUCGCCUUGCUUCUUGCAUUUGAGCAUGGGAGCAAAGUCCCUCCUCUUACUUCUGGCCCGACUGCAAAUUGCACUUCUAUCGCGGAUACAUCCCUUAACUCCAUCCUCAGCACUGUAACCAGCGUAGUUGAGCUCUUCAUGAUGGAUACGCGGCCUAUUGACUUCAACCUGAUCCCACCAUUUGUCACAUUUUUAGUGUUCAAAGCUGCAGCUAUAGUAACGCAGAAGCUGUUGCUGGAUAAUGAUUCCAGCGAAGAUUUGAAAAUUCUGAGAAUUUUGAGGAAAUUCUUGGGAGCUGUGGGGAAGCGGUGGUUGAGCUGUGACCGUUACCUGAAACUUCUUAACGACGAUACGACACCACGGCUACUGAAGGUCUUAGAGCAAAGAUAA